UUUUUUUUUUAACGACUGUGAUGGGUUCUUAGUGCUUGAUGUGAGAAAAUAUUGGAGGCACAGGAACUGCAAAUGCAUUCACAAUUUGAUUUACAUUACCCUCCUUCCAGAGCUGUUUCUCGCUUGUAAGACACUUGGUAAAGCCGAAUCCCUCGUGUUUGGAGAGCAGGAUUGUUCUCAGAGAUUUACCGUAGGAGUUUAAACUUCUGAAAAAUCUGUUUACAAUGUGUCUGAACUGGAGCUUAGAGGACACAGUAGAGACUGUUAUCUGUUUACUGCUCAGAUAAGGAGGUGGAAUAGAUUGCUGGCCUGUUUCUGAACUCUGCUUAAUGAAUGGUUGCUAGGCAAAUUGCAUCUCAAUCAGCUUAAUCCUCAAGAUGUCAUUUACAGGUCUGCUCUUUGUGAGGGCCAGAACCGUGCGCUUUCAAACUGCACAGGCCAGAAAUUGCUAGCAAAGCAGCUUAGAAUAGCUUGUUCAAAAAUUCAGUGUACAUGUGCUGCUGAGCUGCCCAAUUUAAAGUGCCUGUUGUCGCAGGGCCGUCACUGCCUGGCCAUGCGCGAGAUGAGGCGUGCAGUGAUAGACAGGAGGCAGCAGCAUCCUUAGCACCGUUUCUGGAUCAGCACAGCCCACACCACCACGUUUUGGCACUGGAUUAACGUGAAAGAAAGCGUUUCUAAAUGGGGACCGCACUGCUGACGUGAUGAAAGGGGACACUACACAGAAAAUGAGAUCUGCACAGUAUCCUACCCCAGCAGAAUUGGAUGCUUAUGCUAAGAAGGUCGCCAACAAUCCACUGACUAUAAAAAUCUUUCCGAACAGCGUCAAGGUUCCCCAGAGGAAACACAUACGCCGUACUGUGAACGGACUCGAUACUUCGGGCCAGAGGUACAGCCCCUACCCGUCUCAGGCCACCACCAAAACGGGCCUGCUGGCCAUAGUCAAAUCCCCAGCGAAAGGAAUCAUCAAGGACUUUGACGGGACGCGCGCGCGCCUGCUGCCGGAGGCGAUGAUGAACCCCCCCUCCACGCCCUACGUUGCACCAAGCACUUUAUCCCACCCCCAGGCGCUCGCUCGCCAGCAGGCUCUCCAGCACGCACAGACUUUGCCGCACCCCCAGAGCAUCCCGCAGCACCCUCAGGGUAUUCCACAGCCACCCAGCUUACCGCACCCUCAGGGGAUCCCGCAGGCGCUGCCGCACCCGCAGAACAUGCAGCAGCCGCAGGGCUUGCAGCACCCUCAGAGCAUGGCACACCAGACCCUGCAGCACGCCCCGAACGCGCUGCUGCAGCCGGGUUUACACGGAGGCAGAAAGAUGCCGGAUGCAGACGCGCCGCCGAAUGUGACCGUGUCUACCUCAACCAUUCCCCUCUCUAUGGCUGCCACCCUGCAGCAGAACCAGCCACCGGACCUGAGCAGCAUUGUGCACCAGAUUAACCAGUUCUGCCAGGCCAGAGCUGGCAUUAGCACUACCUCAGUGUGUGAGGGACAGAUUGCAAACCCCAGCCCUAUAAGUCGCAACCUGCUUAUCAAUGCAAGUACCAGGGUAUCUACUCACAAUGUCCCUACACCCAUGCCUUCCUGUGUAGUAAACCCUGUCGACCAUGCUGCUGCUGCUAUUCCUCCUGCCUCUGUUAAUGUGCCCAUGGUCAAUAUUAACAGGGUGCCACCCGCCUACCAGAACGAAAUCAAAUCGGUUGCGUGGAACCAGCACCAGCUUGCGCAUCUGCAGCAAAUGUGUGGGGAUGCUGCUGGGCCUGCUGGACUCGCAGGGAAGCACCCUCAGAGAGAGAUUGCAGGGCAGAAUUUCCCUGGCAAAACUUCCAACUACCCUCAAGAACUGUGCAUGGGCCAGUCCUUCAGCUUGAAGCCCCCCAUCGAGAAGCCUACGCCUUCUCCGCCUGUGAACGGGUUGCAGGGACCUUUGCCAUAUACCAAUGGGCACUAUUUCCAGCCCCUCUGGAACAACAUUCUGCCCACGCCCAACAGUGACAGCUCUGGGUCCCAGGACCUCACCAUGCCUUUCCAUGGGGGACAGCCAGCAGGAGCGACGCUGGAUUGUGCAGGAGGAACUCAUUACAGAGCUGGAGCUGGCCCAUCCAGCCAGAAUAAUGUGAUGCAGACCAUGGAUUACCUAAGUGGGGACUUCCAGCAGUCCUGCUUCCGAGACCAGAGCAUGGCCGUGCUGGGAAAAGUCCAUCGGCCUCCCAUGAACCGAGCACCUGAACCAACCGAUAGUCGAAAUCUUCAUAUUCAACACCCAGGGUAUAGAUAGGCUGCAGUCACUUUCACAGACAAAAAAAAAAUACAGGUUUUAGUCUUAAUUUUAAUUAAUAAGCAAGGCAUUUUUAACUUGCAAACUUGUGUGAUCAUUAUAGUACCCAUUGGAAGAAGACAUACUGUAUAUUUAAAGAGCUUUGCUUACAUGUUAUCUCUCUCCUUUAUGCAUCAAAUAUUUAACAUGCCUUUUGUGUCAAAGAAUUUCAUUACACUACUUCACGCCACAGCUGUUUCCUCGCCGCAGAGUCUCCCUUUGUGCAGCUUUGUUUUUUUGCCUUCUCCUCGCUGGACUGAGGUUGAGUUGCUGCAGGGUUUUGCAGCCACAUCUGUGCUCCAGCGAGGGCGAGGUUGUGUAGCUGCUUCCAUUUCCAUCUCAAUUUCCUCACAAGAUUAAGAGCAACAGAAUUUUGUCAGGGAGUAGGGCUUGUUUUCAACUCAAAAGCCCAUUUCAUUAAUGCAUUAAACAUUGACCAUUUGCACUGUCUAGAGGCCUGUGUAAUUGAAAAAGAGCCUACAUUUGAAAAGAGCCUGCUAGGGGUAUGUGUUUAGGCUUUAAUAGAGGGAGAAGCUUUUCAGCUGUUUCUUGCCCAUGUUUAUCAUUUAGACUUUGUCCAAAGUCAAAAGUCUCUGGCCAAUUUUUCUGACUCUUUCUGUUUCUGGACAGGGUACGAGGAGGGGAAUGGCAGGUUUGGGAUGAAGGCAGCCACAGGGAGCUGCCUUUCUUCGUGUUCCCCCUCCCCACUGCCCUUCCAGCUGCCUCAAAGCUCACGUUGUCUGAAUCCCUCGCUGCUAGGAGUCUGGCCAGCCUCGUGUGAAGGGAAUCCAGACCCACUGACAACUCCAAAAAGGGUUCAGCCACUUCUCUGGAAGCUGGAAUUUCUGUCAGGGUGAGGAGAUGGAGCUCAGCCCGUCCCCGAGCGCGGUGCUGUUGGUCUGAAUCAAAGCUCCUCUCACAAGCCACUGUGGGAUUGACAGUCCCCUGUUCCUCUCCAUCCAAACACCCCAGCGGAUUUAAUGGAACAAUUCUUCUCCCUGGGAAUGAGCAAAGCUGUUUGCAACAUCCCUUUUUCCCAGGGUCUCGGUGCCUAACUCCUUCUGUUCCCUCCCCACGUCACUUCCAGCAGCCAGUUGAGUCAGUGACUGUAGGACACUAACUGGGUAACCUCAGCAUCUUGUUCUCUGUGUACCAAAACAUCCCUUUCCUUCCUAACAGCCGAAUUUAUUGUAAGUAGAAAAUUCCUCAUCUCUGUUAACGAGACUAAUACUUGAACAUAAUGAUCACAAUCAAGUUUGGAAAUUAAAAAAAAAAAAGAAGAAGAAGAAAAUGUUUAAAAAAAUAAAUGCAUUGAUUCUUUCUAUGUACACUGGCUAAAAAAUAUUGCUCUACACUGUAACUUUUAAGUGUAAUAUUUCUGUAUGAAUGUCGCCUGGUAGUGUGGGUUUGAGUAGCAUUGUGUAUGGGUGAACCCACUGGCCUCUGCCAUCCACUGGCCUCCCUCACAGCCCUUGGAAAAACAAAGCCUUAAGUAUUUGCUCCUUGAACUUUCCUUAAUGAGCAUGGUUUAAAAAAAAAUCUUAAAGACAUCAUACAAAAUUAAAAAAAAAAAACUAAAAAAAAAGUUUUGAAGUGACGUCAUAGUUGGCUAGAGAUUCUUAAAAGUUUUUCGUAAAUGGGAAAAUUAGAAAACAUUUAUUUGUAUUUUUUUAAUUUAGAAUGUGUAGUCCUGGGCUGUAACAAAUAUUUAGGUUUCAAAGCUUAGCAGAGUACGUUUCUGACUCCUUGCGUAAGUUAGUACACUUAUGUCAUUAUUUAAAUUCUUUUAAGUGUACUAUAACCCGUUCUUUAGUGGUAACUCCUGAGCAAAGUUAAGCAAUUUGACUAAAGACGGAUUAAAUUAUGUGUUGGCUUGUGUUGCCUUAUAUUUAAAAAAAAAGGAAAAAUUGCCUGAUUGUGUUAUGCCAAAUGAUAGCAACAUGAAGUCCUAAUUUAUUGUUUAUAAUCGUAUUCCUGCAGUCUUUGUGAAAACUGGUAAAUAUACAUCUAUGAAAGAACGAAAAUCCUGAGGCUUUUCAUGCAAUAUUUUUCUGAAUCCAUUCUGUUGGAGCCAGAGUUCGAGUCUGAAGCUGCUUCCCCACUGUCACCCCGUCGUCCUCCCUGUCCCAAACCCAACCCCAGCGAGGGCUGUGCUCUGACCUCACCCCUCCCUGCCCAGUCAGUCACUGGAAGGUGUUCUGCUCCUUUUUACUAAAUAAAACCUUGGCCUCUCCUCU